AAGUCCAUUGUCAUUAAAUUGUGUAUCAAGUUCUGAUCGAGAUAAAGAAAUUAUUCCAGAUAAUAAUGUAUAUUCUACUACUUCUUUGAAUGGCAAUAGUUCAUAAGAUUCAAAAGUUUAUGAAUCAUGAACCAAUCAAUAAGUAUUAUUUAAAACAAAAAUGGCGCGUUUUUGAAUACCUGGCAACGAUAUUAAUUGUAUGACACCAAAGAAUAGAUUCUAACCUUGAAUACUUUUUACGAAGUUUAUAACGUAAUUUCGAAUUAUAUAAUGACUUCAAAAUCUACUCAAUGCACUAAUUUACCAUGGGUAGAAAAAUAUCGACCAAAAAAAUUGGAUGAUUUGAUAUCUCACGAAGAAAUUAUUAAAACUAUAAAUAAAUUCAUUGAUGAAAAUUUACUUCCACAUCUUCUUUUUUAUGGACCUCCUGGCACAGGAAAAACAAGUACAAUACUUGCUUGUGCACGUAAAUUAUAUACACCAGCUCAAUUUAAUUCAAUGGUUUUAGAAAUGAAUGCUUCAGAUGACAGAGGUAUCAACAUAGUUAGAGGACAAAUACUUAGUUUUGCAAGUACAGGUACAAUGUAUAGAUCUGGUUUUAAAUUAAUCAUUCUUGAUGAAGCUGAUGCUAUGACAAAUGAUGCACAGAAUGCUCUUAGGAGAAUAAUAGAGAAGUACACAGACAAUGUAAGAUUUUGUAUUAUAUGUAAUUAUCUCAGUAAAAUUAUUCCUGCCCUUCAAUCUCGGUGCACUAAAUUUAGGUUUGGCCCUCUUUCUAUAGAUCAAAUUUUGCCAAGAUUAGACAUUAUUAUUAAAGAAGAGAAUUUAAAUGUUACGGAAGAUGGAAAACAAGCAUUAAUAACAUUGAGUGGAGGAGAUAUGAGAAAAGUUUUGAAUGUCCUUCAAAGUACAUGGCUUGCUUUUGGGGCAGUUACAGAAGAAAAUGUUUAUUCUUGCGUUGGACACCCUCUUCCAAUUGAUAUAAAAAACAUUGUCAAUUGGCUAUUCAAUGAAUCAUAUGAAUUGUGUUAUUGUAAAAUACAAGACAUAAAGUUAAAAAAAGGACUGGCAUUACAAGAUAUAUUAACAGAACUUCAUUUGUUUAUAAAUAAAAUUGAAUUUCCAGAUUCGAUACUUAUUGAUUUAAUAAUAAAACUAGCUGAAAUAGAAAAAAGGGUAUCUAUUGGUUGUAGUGAAACAGUACAAUUAAAUGCUCUUGUUUCAGCGUUUCAAAAUGCUCGUGAUAUCGAGACUUAAUGCUUAUCAAAUUUGAGGAUACAAUUAAGGUAACAACACACAAAUUCUAUAAAGAAGUUUAAAAUAAAACUUUAUUUAAUAAAAAUGUAUUAUUUUUUUUUUUGAUAUAAUAAAAAAAAUCAAUAUUUUUAGAUGAAA